CGCUCGGUCUCCGCAUCUGGGUGUUGCGUCUGGUCUACAACUACGCUGGCUCCAACAAAGAUGUUGUAAAAGUAGCUCUAUUUAUUUCCAUUGCUGGGUGCUCCAGCCCCGAACUCUUGGUUAAGAGUGAAGCGGUUUAGAAUUAGCGCCCCCGGCCGCUGCAGAACUUUAUUACCUUGGCUAUAAAAACCUAGCGCUUGAACCUGAAUGAUCGCCCCGGUGGUGCGUGAUUUUCUUUUUCACUAUCCUGAGAUAGUACGACGACCGUAGAAGUUGAAGGCUUUUUGGUUUUCGACAUCAUGCGGAAAACGACCACUCUGGGCGCCACCGUGAAAGAUGGAGCAUCUUCUACUUCAAACGAGAUCAUGAUGCCCGACGGGAGUGGUACAACUCCUAGUUCCUUUGUAGUUCUUCCCCCGCAGCGUAUUGUAAGGAAAAAUCCCCCCACCCCAUAUCGAAAAGAAAAUUUGUGAUGCUGAUUUGUGACCACAAAUCAGCUUUCUCUUGCGUACAAGGCAAACGGCACCCAUGUGGCGCAUUGUACAGCGAGUCUAUCAUGCGUUUUCGCCUAUGUCAGACUUGUUUCUCAUGCUCAGCUGCUAGCCGGAUGCGUACCCAAGUGAGCUUAGAAUAUGCCGACAAGCUCCUCUUGCAAUACAAAGUUUAUUUGUGUACACAAAUCCAGCAACACAAAUUGUCUCUUUGAUAUGGGGUGGGGGCUUUUUUCAUUUUGAUACAGCGAAACAACGAGUCGACCUUUAUCCGUACUGUCGAUGGCACACCUGUUCAGGGCGAGGACCGCCACAAGAACCUCCAGCAAGGGGGUGGUGCUUCUCCUUUCCCAAGGCCACGAGGACGUGCAGAUGAUAAAAAUAAUCGCGAGGAUCUACCAGUACCCGGUACUAUCUUUAGUCCUGGUGGCUUGCUCGCAAAGCGGGAAAUAGAAGACGCCAGGAGGGCGAGAGAAGCUGCACGACAACUACAGGCAGCAGCUUUAUUACAACCUGCCGCUACAACAACCCCCGACCGGGUAGUUGGUCUUGAUGUCGCGUUGCGCCGGAAGAAUAAUGUUGCUACUACAAGAACUACAACAGAUGAACAACAACCCCGACGAGGACCUUCCGCACUUACUACAGAACAACGAGAACCAGCAGGAAAAUCACGAGGAGCCGGCGGAUUGACCUUGACAAAGGGGCAAGAUGAAGUUGGGAAAGUGGAUGAGGAAGUUAUUCCCGCCUCGAGGACCGGGUCCAGGGACGAUUUAUUUUGGAGCGAGGCCGGAGGAGACGAGGUGGAGAGGGCCGAGUUGUUGAACGACUAUGGUGCAGCAGCUGCCUACCAGGCACCUGCCAGGGCGGAAGAUGUCAGCGUGGUAGACGACAGUGUGGAGGUCAUGAUGAUGCCAAAAACGCUGUCAGAGCUCACCGCCACGUCAGACUCGGACAGGGAUCUACCUGAUGAAGGCAGUCGCGGACGAACACCACGCACUUCCUCUAAAGACCCGAAACCGAGCGCCGCAGGGGCGCAAGAAGAUGGUGGCUCUUCUCCGUCGAUCACAACUUAUGAGGACGUCGACAUUCUCAGUGAGAUAUGCCGUGCAAAAGUAUCGUACUCGUGUAAAUGCAGAAGUCUUGCAUUACAAAUCUUGUUUAUUAAGGCAAAUCCGCAUGACAAAUUCCAUUUCUAAUGCCAAGGAAAUUUGUAUUGCAAUUUAUACUAGUACAAUACUUUUGCAAGGCAUAUGAGAAGGAAUUUCAUCGAACACCGCAUGAAGAUCAAGGGAAGAGGAACAGUAUAGCAGUAUCCUGUGUAAAAACGUCCCUACGACCCCAUAGCCAGGAUGGGGAUUUUGCAACACAAACCGAGGAGUUUUGGGAGUCACGCAUGACAAAAUGCACUCCGCAGUGUAAUGCAGGUUAGCAAGUGCAGCCGCAUCACAGAUUAAUCUGCUCAUCGUGUUCACAGCAUCGCAAAUUUGAGAACACGAUUGGGAAUGCCUAUCAUGGAAGAUAUGCGCAUCACAAAUUUCCGUGUCAUCGCAAAUCUGCAUGACAACUCUGGGGUGGGGACGUUUUUCCUCAGGAUAAGAAGCUGCAGGGGAUGGGGAUCCACCAUCCUCGUCCUGGACCUUUAAUAUUAUCACAAGAAAAAACUGUUUCACUGUGAACUUGUGAUGCAUAGAACGGAACGCAAAUGUGUUUGUCUUGCCACACAUGCAAGACAUUGGAUUUCUAACUGUGUUUUCCCUUAGGAAGCACGCAUGACAAGUUUCCUUUGUCAUGUGUAACAAACUUGUGAUGCAGAUCUUCCAAAAUCGUCACAGUGAAACAGUUUUUUCCUGGGAUAAAUAUCCAAGCGGCUGCAGCAGAAGGACCACCUGCUGACAAACUGAGCAGGAAGAUCACGGACACUAAUUAUAUCAAGAGAAACACAAACAAGGACAUGUUGAAGAAGAUAUCUGCAAUACACGACCCCGCUGCGAGUGAAGUAGAUCUAGAUGACCAAGAUAAAGAACAAAGACCCGGAGGUGCUGGUGCGGGUUUAUUUGCCGUAGCUACAAGAACUUCUACCAGCGCAACGACCGCAGCGAGUGCCAAGAAGAAGCUUCCUGAGCAGCAGGACGAGGUUCAGCAGGAGCUGCGGGGGCACCAAGAUGUUGAAGAACACCAUGUAGUUGACAAGCACGACGAUGACUACGGCCACCGCCACGAUCAUGAGCACCUUCACCAUUAUCCCCCCAAGCACGACUUCGUAAUUUUCGGCGCGGACACGGUGAUCGGAAAGUUGGUGAUUCGCUACAUGGCAAGGCGUAUCAAAUGCAAAUAUGUCUGAGGCUGGAAAAAUUGGAAUUCGAAUUUGUGGUGCGAAUUCUACAUCAUGCCAACAUCUGUCAUGCAUGGCCAGCAAAAGGCUCCACUUCUUGGCACAGAAAGAGGUGAUUUGUCAUGCGGAUUAAGCAUUGGGAUACCUGUUCGAAACUUCUACCUGUGACGCUAGGGCUUCCAUGCCAGCCCUUUUGUGUCAUGCAAAACCAGCAUGGCAAAAAUCUGCAUUCUUCCAGACCCAGACACAUUAUUUGCAUUUGAUAAGGCGCCAGGCCGUCAGUGGCACGUGGUCGAACCGGUUUGUGUUUGCGAUUCACUCCUUUGUCAGCACGAAGGAAGAGCUGAAAGCUAUCAAAUGUAAAAAUGUCUGGGUCUCGAAGGAUACAAACUUGUGAUGCGCAUUUCAAGACACAGAAAAAUCUCUCAUGCAUAGUUAGCAAAAGCUGCCCAGUUUCUGCCACCAUAAUGGGGGAUUUGUCAUGCGGAUUCGGCAUUGCGAAAGUUUCUCGAAACCUGUGAUGCUAGAGCUCCCAUGCCAGACCUUCUGUGUCAUGCAAAAACAGCAUGACUCUUCCAGACCCAGACACUUUUGCACUUCAUAAAAGCGUGGCUGGCGUUGAACAUUCCAGAUGAGAAAAUACGAUCGAAAAUCGGCGUCUACAGUGGAAGAACAACAACAACUUCGUCGGGAGCAGGAGAAGAUAGAAACUCGUCUUCACAAAAAAAUCCGCGUCCUCGGCAUGACACGACAGGUGAUCUUCAAGAUGUUGCAGCGGGCGGGCUGCAUAUUACCAGGGACGCAGCAGGAGGAGGAGCUCGUCCUCCUCGUCCUGCUCCUGCGCAGGAAGGAGUAGUAAUUCCGGCUACAACUAGUACAGGCAAGAACCCAUCAGCGUCUGUCGAAAAUACUAGAAACGACAAAGAAACUUCUACACCAGCUCCAGUUCUGCCUGCACAGGGCUCGUCCGCCGUCCGAGAACAUCUCCUUCAAGAAGUGCCAGCAGUGGUGGGAGAACAUCACGAUGAACACCGUGUAGUUCCUGAACAAGAUCGAGGACUUCUACAUCAUGAGCAUUAUCACCAACACCACCACCACGACAACAUCAACUAUCCCACGACGGAAGGCGAAGUAGAGAAGACGAAAGAAGUGAAGCAUCUGAUACAAACGAUAUGCUGUGCAAAAGUAUUGUACUCGUAGUAAUUGCAGUCAUGCAUUACAAAUUUUUUUCUGAAGGUAAAUCCGCAUGACAAAUUUUAUUUCUCAUGCUGGGGACAUUUGUAAUGCAUUUAUACGAGUACGAUACUUUUGCAAUGCAUAAACGAGCUCCGUCUGCAUCUCCUGCGAGUCGAUCUACGUAUGCCUUGCAAAUAUGUUGGGGUCUGAAAAGUUGUGAUGCAAGUCUGCGAGUAAAAAUGAGCGCACUGCAAUACGGAGCCUAGCAUGACAAGUUUCUAAGCUGCUAUGUCUUGCUUGGUAGUAGGGGAUUUCCAAGAGUGCGUAUGCCGCAUGGCAGACCGCGUUUUUGCGUGACAGACAAGGUACUUGUAUUCGUGCCUAUGCAUCACAGCGUCCAGAGUCAUGCCAGAACAGCAUGACAAAUCUCGCAAAGCUUCUUGACCCAGAUGACAUAUUUGCAACGUAUACUACGCAAGGCUGGACAACGAAGAGCACAGCAGGAUGAUCGUGAAGUACUGCAGCAUAUGCUGUGCAAAAGUAUCGUACUCGUAUAAAUGCAGGUCUUGCAUUAUCAAGGCAAAGCAGCAUUGCAAAUUUUAUUUCUCAUGCUGAGAAAAUUUGUAAUGCAUUUAUACGAGUACGAUACUUUUGCAGGUCAUACAGCAAAUUUGGAAAAGACUACGCCGACUGCAGCAACGAGCCGGACUUCAUGCGGGCGUGUAUAUGCUGUGCAAAAGCAUCGUACUAAGUACAAAUUGCAUUACAAAUUAAUAGCCCAGCAUUACAAAUUGCAUUCGUGAUGCUGAUUUACCUUGGGAAAGAGAUCUGUAAUGCAUAAAUGCAAUUACUACGAGUACGAUACUUUUGCAAUGCAUAGUGUAUUGCCCAUUACCACUUGGCAGCCUCGGAGUCCAAGGCACGGAUUCUUCUCUCCGCCGGCUCCAGCUUUCUGCCCUGGGAUUUAACCCUCGUCGCCCUGCAGAAGGAAAUCCGCCGAGAUUACCCCUUCGGGCGGGAGGAAGCGGAGUUGCGGACUUUACGGACCUACAGCGAGUAUGCAUUUUUGCAAAUAUCGAUCUGGGUCUGGAACAAGGUUGCAGCUUCUGCUUGUGAUGCGUCAUGUAUUGGUGAGUCUUCACACAAAAAUAAAAAUUAAUUUUCCUUUCGCGGGUACUAGCACACGUGAACCAAUGUAGUUUCUCAUGCAAGACAUGCAUAAUUCUCGCAAAGCGAAAGCUCCUACAAAAAAUAAAGAGCCUGGGAUCAAGCUAUAUCGUGGAUUCAGCCCUCGUGGUGCAUCCAAAACCAAAACCAAAUCCAAACUGUGCACGACACACGACCACUUCUGCACUCAUCCAGACCGAGUAGACCACAUAUUUGCAUUUGAUAGUACGGGCCUGGACGAGAUUCCGCGGUCCGUCUUCGAGCCGAUGCAGUACCACAUUCUGCAGAAACCGAAGGAGCUGGCGAAGAUUAGGAAGGAAAAACUGGAAAAGGAAAAAGAGUUGUUGAAAAUAAAGCAACAGGAAAUAAAGGCCGCAUUGCUGCGGGACGAACAAGCUCAAGCACAGCAUCUUCUUGCGGCGCAUGAAGAUCAUGCAGCAAAUAUUAGAAAUAGUAAGACUAAGAGCGCAGCUCUAGUAGUACCUCCCCGGCUGUCGGGCGGCGGGGAACAUCAUCAAAACGAAGCGGUUAGUAAGAGUUUCUCCGCGAAUGGACCACGUGGAGCUGCAUCUCCAGGAGCUGCGCAACUACAUGAUAGCAGACACAACUCGAAGUUGGAAGUAGAAAGUGGCCAACGGCAGGUAGGCGCCCAGGUAGAAGAUGUUGACGAGGACCUGGACCGGCUAACGCAGCAAACCCGAGGACAGGCUUCUCAGCUUCCUGCUGUGGUGCACCAGCAGGCAACUCGUCCACAUCAAGAUGAAAGUGGCAGAGCUACAGGCAGCCCUGGAGGUAAUUAUAUCUUCACGACCAACAAGAAGGCGAACAAGUCUUUGAAUGGGCCCACAACGCUGCUGGGCAUCAAGCCCUUAGAUGUGGAGGACAAAACCAAGCUAGACUGGCUGUAUUACGUCGACCCCUUCAGCACCAAUCCCGUUAUGGCAGCCAAGAUGUUUACCGACAUGGCCGCUUUCGAAACUUCUACGCAGCAACUACACUAUGAGACUGCACAACUCCCCCUCCCCCUCAUUUGUCAUGCAAAACCUCGAAUCCAAAUGCAUCCCUGUGGCACUGUUUGCAUCACAGAUUCCGGAAUCCCAAACAGAACACCACUUGGCGCAUGAGUUUGUCAUGCAAAGGCUCCACGUGUGGUGCUGUUUCUAUUGCUGUUCAUGCAAUACAAGUGAGGAUGAGGGGGAGUUGUGCACUCUCAUAAACACGGAGGUCCGAAGAAGCUAAAGACCGAUCCGCGGUUUCAACUGGAGAAGGUGGACACGCCCUUUCGGUUUUUGUCCAGCAAUAUGCAGUGCAAAUAAAGUAUCGUACUCGUAUAAAUGCAUUACAAAAAUUUCCUCAGCAUGAGAGAUGAAAUUUGUAAUGCCGAUUUGCCUUAGGGAAAGACUUGUAAUGCAUGAUUGCAAUACGAGUACGAUACUUUUGCACAGGAUAAGCAAAAAGCAGAAGCAGUUUUUCCGCACCGUCCCGGCUUUUCAUGACCACCGCGAGACGAUUGAUGAGCAAGACGUCGACGACACCAACGCCCACCUUUCGCAGCGGGAUGUUUGUGACUACAUUCUUUCCCCCGUGACCACGUGCGGCAUCCUGCGAACGAACGCACUGCUGCAGAUUUCCACGAAGUUGACCUUCACCGACUCCUUUCUCAUUCCUGACCGCGACCGGGGCUUUUUCCGGAACCUGUUUUGUCGCGGUGGUGGCGUGGUGGGCUGCUUCACGCUGUUUGGCAGCUGCGGCAAGUGCAACCGGGGUUUGUACGCGCCGCGGAUCCACCGAGAGGGGCGGAGGCAACUGUUAGAAAACGAGGUGAAAAGUAUCUUUCACCACGACCGGCUUGCCCGGGUGCAGGAAGAUGAACAAGGAGACUUCGCGGCGGACCGGGGAGGAGUAGAUGACUACACGAGGAGCAACCGAGAUGGAAACAAGGAGGCCGCUUUGAUGCCCCCACCAGAGUCGGAUCAAACAGAAAACCCUGCGGCCACUGCCGAUGAACUACCUCCACAAGAAGUACAACUACCGAAGGCCGCAGUAGACCUCUCGGGCCCCAGGGAGGCGGUUUUGACCGGGAGCUAUGAAACGAGGAAACACAGUUGCAUUACGCUGUAUGCCAUUGCCGAAGUGGAGGUGUCGACCCAGUUUCAAGCCAAACGAAACAUCGAAAAUAACGCAGGAGGACCCCACCAACAUCCCCAUCAACAUCAUGGGGUGCACGCACUGCACCAGCAGCACAAAAUUGGCGCAGCAGCAGCAGGAGCGGCGGCGACCCACCAGCAGCUGUUGCAGCAUCACCAGCACCAGCAGCAGCAUGAUCUUCAGCACAGAAACAGUGCGGCGGAGCACGCUGCAGCAGACGGGAGUUCCUCUCUCGGAAGUAGACAAGGGGGAGUUGGUGGUUUUCCCGCCUCUACUACGCCGGGUUCUUCAGCAUUUCCGGGAGGUGAUGGAAAUACCAUAUUUGGAACGGCAGGCGGGGGCGGAACAAUCGGAAAUUCAAAUUAUUACAACACUGCAUUUCCAUUUUCUUUUUCACCUCCACCACCGCCAGGGCUCACGACCACCAGCAUUCAUCCGCAGUCGAAGCUGUUGCAGAGACUAGGCUCUUUCCAGCCCCCACAAUUUGGUCUUCAGCAACAACGUAUCAACUGUAAAAAUGUCUGGGUCUGGAAGAUUCUGACACUUGUCAUGCACGUUUUCCAUGAGCCCUCAUGUCUGUGAUGCAUGCCCUAGCACGACAGGUUUUCUGAGAGCUUCUUGAUGCCUAUUCCGCAUGACAAAUGCCCUCUCCGCGUAGCAAAAAUUACAUUCCUUUUGGUACUCAUGCAAUACAGAUUUUUCUGGAAUCCAAAUGCAGCAUCACAAGUUGCAUUCUUCCAGACCUCCCAGACAUUUUUACAUUUGAUACAACAUGGUGGUCCUGCUGUGGGACCACCGCAGCAUCAUCAUAUUAUCCAGCCAGAGGGAGAAAGUUCUGUUGAAACCCAUCCGCUGCAAGGAGGAGGCAGCUUUUCCCUUGCCGCGGGCGGGGUUGAUGAACUCGAAGAGAAGGACGCUUACCGGUCGCUGCGAGCCGGGGGUUUUUAUGCCUUGCAAAAGAUGUUGUAGAAGUGAAAGCAUCGCAUUCGCUGCACCCGUUGCACUAGACGUUGAUGAAGCACUGCAUAAAUUAUCUAAAAGUAUUAUAACGAGAAUAACUGUCGAGUAGCUAGAUAUUUUCAAAAUCAUUCGCUAGCUAUUAAAAAUAGCUACUUGUUUGCAUUGUAUUUACGGUGCUAUUAGCACGAUGAACUAGCUAGCCUGAAUGCUGUCACGGAUGCGUAGACGCAUCCGUGACAGCAUUCCUACUAGCUAAUUAAAUAUCUAUUCCGCACCUGAAGAGGUGGUAUUUACAACAUGCUUUUUUGAAAGCUAGCUAACGACUUUGAAAAUUCUUAGCUACUCGACAGUUAUUCUCGUUAUAAGUAUCUGUGCAUUUAUUUCGAUUAGCAUGGCAACAGACUAACUGCUAUGUGAAAUCGAACUUGCUAACAUGUCUGCGCCGAAGGCGAAGGCGAACGCGAAGUCGAAGAUUUUCAACCAAAGGUGACGAAAGGCGACUUAAAGAUGUAUUGAAUUUUUUUCUCGUCUUCUGUGGCUACGUCGGAAGUAUUGAGCAAGUAGAUGCUUAAUCAUCUUGAAUCGCUUUUGCAAAAUGCAUAGUUUAUUUGCCGAUGGCGCAGCUGCAAAUAAAUUCGCGUUUGAUGCGUCUUCUGGGAAUGAGGAAACUUCUGCCGCAGAAACUGACCUUGCGAGCAUCAAACUGGUAUGAACUGCAAAAGUAUCGUACUCUUAUAAAUGCAUGACAAAUUUCAAUUUGCUCGGCAUUACUACAAAUGGAAUUUGUAAUGCGGAUUUGCCUUAAGAAAAAAUAAAAAAAUUGUAAUGCAUAGAUGCAAUUACUACGAGUGCGAUGCUUUUGCAAUGCAUAACUGGCAAAGCUGGCGAAGUGGUCCCCCUCCAUGUUGGAAUCAAGAACGGUAAAGUACCGGUCGGAGCUGAAAUUUUUUCAGACCGACAGUGUGAUAUCCUGUGCAAAAGUAUCGUACUCGUAGUAAUUGCAGCCAUGCAUUACAAAUCUCCUUUCCAAGCUAAAACAGCAUGAAAAAUUUCGUUUCUCAUGCUGAGAACAUUUGUCAUGCGAUUUUUACUAGUACGAUACUUUUGCAAUGCAUAUGUGAAAAUGGAGUACAACGAAUCCGCAAAAAUGCUCUGCGAAACCGCAAUUCUACUCCUGGAAACGCGGAAGAGAGGCGCGGUGGAUGUUGCUCAUACUAGCGCAGCAGGUGCUAGCGGCCAGCAUCACCACUACCAAAUACACGGUGGACAUCAAGUACAUGGGCAUCACCACCACCAUUACGACGCAAACGAGCAUAAUUCUCACGGUACUGCUGCGCACCACCACUACCCGCUACAUCACCACCACUUGCACGCCCGGUCCUACAGCGGAGGGGUGGGCACCGCGGGGUACUUAUCAAAUGUAACAAUGUCUGGGUCUGGAAGAUUGCGAGGUUUGCCAUGCAGAAAUUCCAUGACCCAUGAGGUCUGGAAUGCAGGACCUAGCAUGACAGAGUCUGUGAGGUCUCUGCCAUGCCUAUCCCGCAUGAGAAACUCCCGCCCAACUUGGUCGAAAGUGGACGGCUCUUGGCACUCAUGCAACACAGAUUUUUGCAAUAUUCGGAUUUAGCAUCACAAGGUCCAAUCUUCCAGACCCAGACAUUUUUACAUUUGAUAGUACUUUCUCGGCCUGCCGCUGUUGGAACGGUUGACGGGGACGGGAAACUGCUCCGGGAACGAGGUCAAUGUCAGCUUCAAAAUAGAGUCCUUCUCGAAGGACGGAACGGAGGUACGGUCGGUGGUCUCGGACCCGUCGACAGGGCACGGCUUCCGGCGGACGGCGCUGCUGGCAAACAAAGCGCAUUUAUUUUUCAACAAUAAAGCCGCACCUGGAAGCAAUCUGCGCAUGAAACAUCAACUGGGAGCUGCGAAACACCUCCACGCCGGCGCGGCGGAGGGAGAGCAAGAAGUAGAUAGUGACUUCCUCGAAUCCACCGCUGGAGAAGACGAAGAGAGCGAUCAUGUAGCUGAGACUGCGGAAGAUGAUAAAGCUUUUCCUAGAACAAGAAGUGCCUCCAGAUCCGGCAAAACAGCACGAGACGACCUUCAUGAACUUGAACGCCCGCGGGUGGACCACGGUGUUGUGUCUUCCUCUUCCCCCCUGGAAGUCGUCGCCACCGGAGCAGGAGUGAGGUACUAUCAAACUGCAACGACUUCUAGACCUGCAAAAAAACCACGCCCCGAAGGGUCUACUUCAGCUGGGGUAAAAACUUUGAGUGGAGUAUUAACCGGAAGAAGGAGUAGCGCUACGGCCACCAGAAGCAAAAUUGUCUCAAACCACAAUGAGUACAACUAUACGAGCAGUAGUUCUACUGAGCAGGACGGCACGACUGCGGACUUGUCUAGUACCUCCGACGAGGCAGAGGAGAGGGAACUACACUAUGUCGAACAAAAAGGGAACCAAACAGCAGGAGUAGAUCCGCUGGACGGGUACGAGAUACAAAGAACUACCCUGUUGCAGAAUGGCGCGAUGAAUCAAGAUCAGGAUGAAUUGUAUCCGCAAAAUAAAAAGUCAUUCAUGAAUUAUUAUGCCGCCGAAGUCGAAGAUGAGGAUGACGAUUUGCUCGUGUCGCCGAGUGAAAACGAGGAUUUUAUAGCGUAGAAGAGGUUGUAUUUCACGUCCUCUACGGUGACUCGGUGUGAAUCUAGAUCUAGAACAGUCGACAUCGCUGACUUGCCUUAUUCCUUGGUGCAGCUACCGAAAAAUUUUCGUAUCUCUCGCUCAAAGCAUGAUUUUGAUUUGUGAAAAACUACCAAUAAAAGCAUGAUGGAACAACGCGUCGUGUAUUCCAAAUUUUAUAAGGACUUUUCGUGCGUCUUCACCACUUGAAGGUGUUGAAGACAGACUACUCACGCGAGUGGCAAAAUAUGUCACUCUGAUCAUGUUCGUCG